AUUUUAGUCGGUUAAAUCGAGGAAACGUAAAAAUAGACUCGUGCCGUGUCUCAGUACAAUGCGGUGCUUGGGUUUGACGGUGUUUUUGCUGAUUUUUCCCAACUUUCUGGGCCAGGAACAAGACCGGAAGGAAAUUUUUUUGGGCGGAAUUUUCACGGAGCCUCCGGAUGUGGACGACUCGGUUUUGAGUGAUGAGGAGGCGUUCAAUUUUGCCAUUGACAUCGCAAAUCGGGAAUAUUCCGAUGUCAAAUUUACAAGUGUGAGUGAGGAAAGUGACUUGAGGACCAAUGGCCCGUUUGACUCCCGACUGCAAGCUUGCUCACUGGUUAACCAGCAAGCUUUGGUUAUUUUUGGCCCCAAAAACGCCGAAGAGAUUGACAUCGUCCAGUCAAUUUGCGACAACAAGGACUUGGCCCACGUUAUCACCCGAUGGGUGUACAGCUCUGCCGAUUUUCGCAGCGUUAUCAACUUCUACCCACAUUCAGCCUAUCUGACGUCUGCCUAUUUCAGCGUCUUGAAGCUAUGGAACUGGAAGACCUUGACCGUGUUUUACGAAGACAACGAAAGCAUGCUGCGACUUGGCGAUCUCUUAAACCUAGCUAAAAAUGAAGGAAUUAUAGUGACAGUGAAGCAGCUCUACGAAGGACUGGACGAAACACCAAUUUAUAGAACAACACUAAAGGAAGCCGUGCGCUCGGGUCAGAAGAACUUCAUCAUCGAUUGCAAAAUCGAGUCUUUGGAAGAAGUCCUAAAGCAGGCCCAACAAGUCGGGUUGAUGACCAAGGACUAUAACUUUUUCAUCACAAAUUUGGACCUGCAGACGAUUAAUUUGGAGCCGUUUCAAUACAGCGAAGCCAACAUCACUGGGAUCCGGAUUUUGGAUCCCUUGAACGAAAUGUUCCAUGUCAAGGCUGGGGCAAUUAUGCGCCAAAAACCCAACUUCAACUUGACCAAAAUGAGGACUGAAACGGCUCUUUUGAUAGACGCAGUAUCUGUCAUUACCCAAGUUAUCAGUAGGAAAUUAUCAAUCAAGGAGAUGGAAAUGACCGAAAUUAGUUGCAACUCGCCCAAGUCGUCCCGGCAUGGCUACACGAUUGCCAACCACGUGAAAACGAGCAAGUUUGACGAAAUGACCGGUCGGAUUGAGUUCGAUGGCAAUGGAGUUCGGAGUAAUUUCGAUCUAGACGUAAUAGAACUGACCCAAAAUGGAAUUUCCAAAAUUGGCACUUGGAACAUGUCUAAAGGCCUCGUUAUCACACCACACAAAGACGAGGAUAUUGUAGAGGAUCCCCUCAGUCUCAGAAACAAGACUUUCAAAGUCAUUACGUGCUUGACUGAUCCCUACUGUAUGUUGAAAGAAAAUUCAGGCCAAUUGUUUGGUAACGACCGCUUUGAGGGCUUCGCCAUUGAUUUGAUCCACGAAUUGGCACAAAUGGAAGGCUUCAAUUACACGUUCAUAAUCCGGGAAGACAAGUCAAACGGUGAUAAAAAUAAAGUAACUGGAGAAUGGUCAGGAAUGAUAGGAGACGUCAUGCACGGGGUUGCUGAUUUGGCCAUCACUGACCUAACAAUCACAGCAGAACGCGAGGAAGCUGUUGAUUUUACUUCACCUUUCAUGAAUUUGGGAAUUAGUAUUUUGGCCAAAAAGCCAGGAAACGCCCCUCCUAGUUUUUUCUCGUUCGCCGACCCCUUCGCACUUGACACCUGGAUCAUGUUGGCGCUGGCUUACAUAGCCGUCUCUGUUUCCUUCUUUGUUUUGGGCAGAAUAUGUCCAGACGAGUGGACAAAUCCUUAUCCUUGUGUCGAAGAACCCGAGUUUUUGAUCAACCAGUUCAGUCUUUCCAACUCUUUCUGGUACGCUGUUGGAAGUCUGAUGCAGCAAGGGACAGAACUAGCACCAAUCGGUGUUCCUACACGAAUGGUGGCUGGAAUGUGGUGGUUUUUCGUUUUGAUCAUGGUGUCCUCAUACACGGCCAGUUUGGCGGCUUUUCUAGCCAACGAAAACACCAUAACCCUUUUCACAGAUGUUGAAAGUUUGGUCCAAAACUACGAGGAGAAAGGGAUAAGAAUGGGAGCGAAACGCAAAGGAGCCACUGAAGGAUUUUUCAGAGGGAAGGACAGUGAAACUUACAAAAUCAUUGCAAAGUACAUGGAGGAACACCCAGAUGAUAUGGUCGGUGAUAAUAAAGACGGUGUCAAGUUGGCAAAUAAGGAAACUUAUGCUUUCUUCAUGGAAUCUAUUUCCAUAGAAUACGAAACGCAACGUCAUUGCGACUUGCAACAAUACGGCGGACUUCUGGACGACAAAGGCUACGGAAUUGCCAUGAGAAAAAAUUCAACCUAUAGGAAGACUUUAAGUACGGCCAUUUUGAAACUACAAUCGUCCGGCCAACUCGAUAAUCUCAAACGGACGUGGUGGGAGGAGAAACGUGGAGGAGGGCAAUGCCUUGAUUCUGGUGAUGAUGCAACCCCUGCCCUGGACGUCCGAAACGUCGAGGGUGUGUUUUAUGUCACGAUCGGGGGCACACUCUGCGCCAUUGUGCUGAUUUUCUUCGAACUGUUCUUGUCCCUCCUCAAAAUAAGCAAAAAAUACAAAAUCUCGAUGCGAGAAGCCCUCAACAACGAGAAAAAAGCGUUCCUCGAUUUCAACAGCAACGUAAAACCAGCACCCAAAGCCAAAUCCAAGUCCGGAAGCAAAUCAUCGGGAGAGAGUGGCAAGUCGAAUAAUAACACCGGUGCCCCCACUUAUGGCUUCAUACCGACCAUAACCAAAGACACACUUGACGAAUAAUUGAAUUUUCGUAAAAGUGUCACAAUAAUUCAUCACUGUCAAAAAUUGUGCAAUCGUCUCUGGCCCACUUUUUGCCGAAUUAUAGAUUCGUGAGAGACGAGCAUCUUUCACAAGUACAUUGUUAACGUCGUUUCAAUGAAAUUGACGAUUGUUGCUAAAUUCCACAAUGAAUUGAAUUGGUUUGGAAUCGCACUCGUUUCGAAUUUAUUUGAGCGAAGACGUAUCAUUAAACUAAAUAAUCACGAAAGCGUUCUAAAAUGCACUUUAUGUAAAAUUCAAGGAAUUAAUAAGGGAAAUUAAGUCGGAGGCAUCCAGACAUUGAGAAGAUUUCAACAACCAAAUUACAUUGAAACGAAAAGUAUUUCAUACCUCGUUAAGUUAUUUCUGAUUUUAUUUUUAUUUCUAGUCUUAGGACAGUAAAACAAAUUCAAUGGAAGCGUAGAAGGGUCUCACUUUUUUUUCAAAUUAUUUGCUAAAUGUAUACGUUUACCCUUCUAAGCUUUCUUAUAGUCCUUUUUUAUUAACCCAUAUUAAAGAUUUAGUGUAAACAAGUUUCAAAUAAAUAAAUAAAAAUUUCCAAAACUGU